GAGAAAACACAAGGUCAAGAGGCAGCCCUCCUCCUCCAUGGAAGAAGACGGGAGCGAUGAGCCCUGAGGAGGACGACGAGGAGAAGGGGCGGAUGGCUACGGGCUGCCGCUGCCGGGCUUCCCCUCGGGAGUGACGGGGGGAAGCUGCUAUCGCCGGCCGCGCCUCGGCCCGCGGCCCCCGCGGCCAAGAUGGACCUGGGCAGCGGCGGCCGGAGAGCGGGAGCUGCCCCCGCGGGCCCGGCCGCCUGGAGACCUUUCCCCUCCGCCUGCUGCUGCUGCUUCGCCUCGCUCCUGGAUGUGAACAGCUGGCUGCUCUUCUACGGCUUCCUCUACCUGGCCCUCUAUGCCCAGGUGUCCCAGUCCAAGUCCUGCGACAAAAUCUCCUGCUUCUCGGGUCAUUGUGUCAACUCCACCUGCGUCUGCGACCAGGGCUGGGUGGGAGACCAGUGCCAACACUGCCAGGGCAGGUUCAAGUUAACAGAACCUUCUGGAUAUUUAACAGAUGGACCUAUAAAUUAUAAAUAUAAAACUAAAUGCACAUGGUUAAUUGAAGGAUACCCAAAUGCGAUACUAAGACUAAGAUUUAAUCACUUUGCCACAGAAUGUAGCUGGGACCAUAUGUAUGUAUAUGAUGGAGAUUCAAUAUAUGCACCUUUAAUAGCUGUAUUUAGUGGUCUAAUAGUCCCUGAAGUGCGUGGAAAUGAAACUGUUCCUGAAGUGGUUACUACAUCUGGCUAUGCAUUGCUACACUUUUUUAGUGAUGCUGCUUAUAACCUGACAGGUUUUAACAUUUUUUAUUCAAUUAACUCUUGCCCUAAUAACUGCUCAGAGCAUGGCAAGUGCACAACCAGUGUGUCUGUACCGAGCCGGGUGUACUGUGAGUGUGACAAGUACUGGAAGGGAGAGGCCUGUGACAUUCCCUACUGCAAAGCCAACUGUGGGAGUCCAGAUCACGGCUACUGUGACCUGACAGGAGAGAAGCUCUGUGUUUGCAAUGACAGCUGGCAAGGUCCAGAUUGUUCUUUGAACGUCCCCUCCACGGAGUCUUACUGGAUUCUGCCCAAUGUGAAGCCCUUCAGCCCCUCUGUGGGCCGUGCUUCCCACAAGGCCGUCCUGCAUGGGAAGUUCAUGUGGGUGAUCGGUGGAUACACCUUCAACUACAGCUCAUUCCAGAUGGUGUUGAACUACAAUUUGGAAAGCAGUAUAUGGAAUGUAGUGCCUGUAUCCAAAGGGCCACUCCAGAGAUAUGGACACACUCUUGCUUUGUAUCAGGAAGACAUCUACAUGUAUGGAGGCAAAAUUGAAACAAAUUAUGGCAAUGUCACUGAUGAACUGUGGGUUUUCAACAUACCCAGUCAAACAUGGAGUACCAGAAUUCCUGCAGUCCUUGUCCAUGGACAGCAAUAUGCUGUGGAAGGUCAUUCAGCACACAUAGUAGAGCUGGACAGCAGAGAUGUGGUUAUGAUUAUAAUUUUUGGAUAUUCUUCCAUAUAUGGUUACACAAGCAUUGUGCAAGAAUACUACAUCAGGUCUAACUCUUGGCUGGUACCAGAAACAAAAGGAGCAAUUGUUCAAGGUGGAUAUGGCCAUACCAGUGUCUAUGAUGAACUGACAAAAUCUAUUUAUGUCCAUGGUGGAUACAAAGCAUUGCCUGGCAAUAAAUAUGGACUAGUGGAUGAUCUUUACAGAUAUGAAGUUAAUACUCGGACAUGGACUAUUUUGAAAGAGAGUGGCUUUGCAAGAUACCUUCAUUCAGCUGUCCUGAUCAAUGGAGCUAUGCUCAUUUUUGGUGGAAACACUCAUAAUGAUACUUCCCUGAGCAAUGGUGCAAAGUGUUUUUCUGCUGAUUUUCUUGCAUAUGAUAUAGCUUGUGAUGAAUGGAAGGUUUUACCAAAACCUAAUCUGCAUCGAGAUGUCAACAGAUUUGGUCACACUGCUGUUGUCAGUAAUGGAUCCAUGUAUAUAUUUGGGGGUUUUUCAAGUGUUCUAUUGAAUGACAUCCUUGUGUACAAACCUCCCAACUGUGAAGCAUUCAGAGAUGAAGAGCUGUGCAAAAAUGCCCGUCCAGGAAUAAGGUGCCUGUGGAACAAGAAACAUUGUGAAUCUUGGGAAUCUGGACAUGCUAAUAAUAUCCUUAGAGCAAAAUGUCCCAAGAAAAUAGCUGCUGCUGACGACAGAUGUUACCGCUACGCGGAUUGCGCCAGCUGCACCGCCAACACCAACGGCUGCCAGUGGUGCGACGACAAGAAGUGCAUUUCAGCAAACAGUAACUGUAGCAUGUCAGUUAAAAACUACACAAAGUGUCACGUGAGGAAUGAGCAGAUCUGCAAUAAACUGACGAGCUGCAAGAGCUGCUCCCUGCACCUGAACUGCCAGUGGGACCAGCGGCAGCAGGAGUGCCAGGCACUACCUGCUCACCUGUGUGGAGAAAGAUGGAAUCACAUUGGAGAUGCCUGCCUCCACAUCAACUCCAGUCGGGAAAGCUACGACAAUGCCAAACUCUAUUGUUACAAUUUGAGUGGAAAUCUUGCCUCAUUAACAACCUCCAAAGAAGUGGAAUUUGUUCUGGAUGAAAUACAGAAGUAUACACUUCAGAAAAUUUCACCCUGGGUGGGUUUGCGCAAGAUCAACAUCUCCUACUGGGGCUGGGAUGACAUGUCCCCUUUCACAAACACCACCCUGCAGUGGCUCCCUGGAGAGCCCAACGACUCUGGCUUCUGUGCCUACCUGGAGAGAGCAGAGGUGGCAGGGCUGAAGGCAAAUCCCUGCACUGCCAUGGCAGACGGCCUCGUGUGUGAAAAACCCGUCGUUAGUCCCAACCAGAAUGCCAGGCCCUGCAAGAAGCCGUGCUCCCUGAGGACAACCUGCUCCAACUGCACCAGCAAUGGCAUGGAAUGUAUGUGGUGCAGCAGCACCAGACGAUGUGUGGACUCCAAUGCCUACAUCAUCUCCUUCCCAUAUGGGCAGUGUCUGGAGUGGCAAACUGCCACCUGCUCCCCUCAAAACUGUUCUGGGCUGAGGACCUGUGGGCAGUGUUUGGAACAGCCAGGGUGUGGAUGGUGCAACGAUCCCAGUAACACUGGCAAAGGACAGUGCUUGGAAGGCUCCUCAAGAGGCCCAAUGAAGCCUGUCAGUGCCCACUCCAAUGAAAUGGUGCUUGAUGCUACUCUCUGCCCAAAAGAAAAAAAUUAUGAGUGGUCUUUUAUCCAGUGUCCAGCUUGCCAGUGUAAUGGCCACAGCACCUGCAUCAACAGCAAUGUGUGUGACCAGUGUAAAAACCUAACAACAGGAAAGCAGUGUGAAACGUGCAUGCCAGGAUAUUAUGGAGAUCCCACAAACGGAGGACAGUGUACAGCUUGCACAUGCAGUGGACAUGCAAAUAUCUGUCACAUGCAAACAGGAAAGUGUUUCUGCACAACAAAGGGAAUCAAAGGAGACCAGUGUCAACUCUGUGACUCUGAAAAUAGGUAUCUUGGAAAUCCACUUAGGGGAACAUGCUACUACAGCCUUUUGAUUGAUUAUCAGUUUACCUUCAGCUUAUUACAAGAGGAUGAUCGUCAUCACACUGCCAUAAACUUUAUAGCCAAUCCUGAACAGUCUAAUAAAAAUUUGGAUAUAUCAAUUAAUGCAUCAAACAACUUUAACCUCAAUAUUACAUGGUCUAUUGGUUCUACAGCUGGAACAAUAUCUGGAGAAGAGAUUCCUGUUGUUUCCAAGGUUAAUAUUAAGGAAUAUAGAGACAGCUUCUCCUGUGAAAAAUUUAACUUUCGAAGCAACCCAAACAUCACUUUCUAUGUCUAUGUCAGCAAUUUUUCCUGGCCAAUCAAAAUACAGAUUGCCUUCUCACAGCACAAUACUAUCAUGGAUCUGGUGCAGUUCUUUGUCACCUUCUUCAGUUGUUUCUUAUCCUUACUGCUGGUAGCUGCUGUCGUUUGGAAAAUCAAACAAACCUGUUGGGCUUCUCGACGGAGAGAGCAACUUAUGCGGGAGCGACAGCAGAUGGCCAGCCGCCCCUUUGCUUCUGUCGAUGUAGCACUGGAAGUAGGAGCUGAGCAAACAGACUUUCUACGAGGGCCAUUAGAGGGUGCUCCUAAGCCGAUUGCCAUCGAGCCGUGCUCAGGAAACAGAGCCGCCGUCCUGACGGUGUUUUUGUGUCUGCCCAGGGGAGCGUCAGGAGUUCCUCCACCCGGGCAGUCAGGUCUUGCAAUUGCAAGUGCUCUGAUAGACAUUUCACAACAGAAGCCUGCGGACUGUAAAGAUAAGAGUUCAGGAGUCAGAAAUCGAAAACAUCACCUUUCAACACAUCAAGGAACUUGUGUCUGAGAGUCAAGAACUACAAUUGUAUAUUCUGUAAUGUUUUCUUUUUAAAUGGCUUCCAUUGAAAGCUAAACUACAGCCUCAGUUUUUAUGGAGGCAAAUCUAUGAAUGAACACAUGAGGUCCUGUGCUCUGUUGUAGUCACACAGCCUGCUAUCCCCCAAAGCAGAACAAACUUGUGGUAUGUAUGGGUAUACCUGAAGAGCUUUAAUAAAAAGAGUGGAUCCUGGUAUCAACAAAAUACAAGAUAAAAUACUGAGUAUUCUUAAUCCUGAACAUAUCAGAGCAGGGAAAAUCCUUGGACAGAACUAGGAAAAACUUUACUUUUUUUUUUUUUUUUUUUUUUUUGUUUUUUUGGAAUGUAGAAGCAAUUGGUAUCAUUGAAAACUGAGCAAAUUCCAAGAAACUAAAGGAAAUUUUUUUAUAGCUUAACAUAACAAUGGGAAUUGUAUAGAUCUUUCCUUUUAAUUGGCAUGAAGAUUUCUUUCCAGCAAGCAGAAACUAAAGAGAAUAAUUUGGAUUUAGGUGUUUUUUUUAUCAUUGCCCAGAAGAGGUAGUCAUCUUUUGAAUUCAGCAACGGUGUAUCCCAAAAACACCACAUGUAAUAUUUGAAAGAUAAUUCUAUCAAAUACUAAGGCUUGAGAAUUUAAUGAUUAUUUUUCUUCACACUGGAAAAACCUCAUAAAUAUAAUUUGGGCUGCAGAAGAGUGCUGGGUGGGCUUUCUUUUCUGUAUCUCAGAGUUUGUCCUGAGUUAGGGAUAUUUACAGAGAGGGUCCUCCCUGCCAGCUAAAUGAUCAGCAAAAUCAACUGAGCAUGGAAAAGCUGCUUUACAGUAUUUUUUCCCAAGAGAGUCUCCAAGACUGCGAAUCUAAGGAGAGUUGAACAUGCUGUUAUUCAACCUGCUCCCGUUUCAAUAUUGAAAUUUUCUAGUAUCUAUAUAUUGUCCUGAGCUGCAAGCAGAAGAAAUUAAUUCCAGUCAGCACUUUGGCUCUUGUUUUUAUAAUAAAGUAUGGAUAUUUUUUUUCUCACAACUGCAGAAUUUCAUCUCAUUGUCACUUCAGCACCUGUUAAGGAAUUACCCUAUAUAAAUAAAUAAAAAUGUUUAAAAAUCCAAUUUGCUUCCAACAUUAGUUGUCAAAUCCCACAACCAGUAUGGAACCCCACACAAUCAGUACUCAAGAAAAAAAAUGCAAUGAAAGAAUUUCCUUUGUGAAGGACUUUAGUCUUUUGGGGGCUCAGUAACCACAACAGAUAACCUGGCAACCAGAUUUAAUGGCCUUCAGUCUUUUUAUUUACAAAAAUUCAUGAACAUAGAAGAGACUAAGAGUAUGCUAAGGGGCAGGUAGCAGAUGUGUCAUAUUCUCAUUUAUGCAUUGCACACUGACAGAGUGUAAUAUGAAACCAGUAGUUUUGUACAAGCUUGUUGAAAGUAUCGUUUCUCAACUCCAAAUUUGCCACCAUCCUAGUACAGGAGAGUGAUACAGAGGUCUAAAUGUCUCAUGUAAUGAUAGACUUUUGGUAAAUAUGAAAGAUAUAAAAAGAUAAUUGAUGUUUACUACUAUAUCUGUAUUUUUUAUGUUCUUUUUAUUUCAGAAAGAUGAUGACAUUUUACUGUUUAUAGUUGACUACAUAGUUACUUGCAUGCCAUGGUGGUGCAGUAGCAGUAAUAAAGCCCUGUUGUGAGUUGUGUUUAUUUCCUAAAGCCAUUCAUACAUAGAAGUACUCAGCUUAAUUUGGAUGAGGACUAAAUGUAAAAAUAAUUAUUAAAAAGGAACAAUUGUACAGUAUGUAGUUAUAUCUUAUACAGGAGUAUUAGGUUGCAUCUAACCAUGACUGCUCUAUUGUUUUGAUAAAUUAUGCACUUAUGAAUUAUGGUAUAAUUAUUUCUUAUACUGGCAUGAUUGUUUCAGUAUUUUCAUAUCUUAAAAUAAGAUUAUUAUCUUAAGAUAAU